AUGUCUCAUCCUUCUAAGCCUCUCCCCGAAGCCUUCUGGCCAACUAUCAAACAGGCUAUAGACAAGGGCAGCAACACCAAUUCUGACAACCAGGCUAUCACACCUCAAUGCCCCAUCUGCAUGGAGCCACUCCCAGUGAAAUCUUUCCCUACCCAAGGUGAGUUGGAUGCUGAGGUCUUGCUCUGCGGUCAUGUUCUCUGCCAUCCAUGCCGUGAAAAAUGGGAGCAGAGUGAGUUGGGGAGCCGGUGCCCUGCGUGCCGAACCACUCUCAUGUGCAGUCGUUGUGAAGUAAACGCGAUCCCCCUCACUAUCCCCAAGAACGGCGAAGGAUACAGUCUUCCCCCAGGUAUUCCCGAGGGCACUCCAGACUUGUGUCCUGACUGUCAAGCUGAGGUUGAGUUCCACGAGGCCGUUGAGAAUGGUGAGUGGCCUCGUAAUCUAGAUGACAUGGAGCCUGGGUUUGUCAGCCUUUUCUACCAUGUUGUUAAUGAUAUUGAGAAGUAUGGCGGUGUUGCUACGGAGGGCAGGGUUCAAGAAGCGAUUUCCGACACCAUCAUGCAGGAGUUUUCAAACAUGAUGGAGAGUCGUCGCAUGGUGACGCUUGGCCGGGGGAAUACACUGCGACAGGCGAAUCCAUGGUACGCUGAGAACAACAGACGUCAGGAAAACCGUCGUGUGGGGGUUAUCGGCUUUGACUCGGACGAUGACCCGGAGCCUCGUGCAAACACUCCUGCUGGUGUCCCUCAUCUGGUUCGAGAUCCUUUUAUGCUCAGGGUGGGUGAUAGUAUUGAAGUCCGGUUUAAUCCACUGGAUCCUCGCUAUGCCAAUCAGUUUGACGUCCAGGAUGGCGUUGCACCUGCAAAUGCAGCAGCACCACGACCCGACAAUGUGAGCCCCAUUGUCCGAGCAAUUUGGGGACCAGAGGUAGGAGGAGAAAGAAGGGCUCAGGACGAUGACAGGCAGCCACCAGAUGCUGACGAACUCAGACACUGGUCUGAGUUUCUAGCACGGGAGGGCAAUUCUUCUCCAGCGACAGCUGAAGCGGCCGGACCAGCUGCACCUCGCAGCUUUGAACAAGGAUUUGACUUUGCGGCUCUUGUGAAUCUGGGAUAUAGCAUCGGCGCAAUGCCCCAGCAGUUUCGGGACUAUAUGGCGGGAGAUUCGGCGACAGGAGAGGCGUCAAGUUCGGCAUCCAAUGCCUCGCAUAGCUCUAUGAAUCAGGACGAUAGCGACGAGAUGUCGACAAAUGAUCAGCCCGUCUCUGAGCGCUGA